AUGACGCGGACACCGUGGAUUGGCGGCAACUGGAAGUCCAACGGCUCCGUCGCCUCCAUUUGCAAUCUUUCAAAAGAACUCAACGAGGCAAACUUCGACCCAAACCAGACCCAGGUCGUCCUCUUCCCCACAGCACUGCACAUUCCACUGGCCCGCGAAAAGCUGAAAAAUGAAUUUCAGAUUGGCUGCCAAAACAUCUCCAGGACGGGCUCAGGAGCUUACACAGGCGAAAUCACAGCGGAGAUGGUUGCGGAUAUGGGAAUGAAGUGGGUGAUGGUGGGCCACAGCGAGAGGCGCCAGUACUAUGGAGAAACGGAUGAAGUCGUAGCAGAGAAAGUUGCAAUGGCACUGAAGCAAGAAGGCCUUUAUGUAGUGAUUUGCAUUGGUGAGAAGCUCGAGGAACGCGAAAGCAACAAAACCAUGGACGUAUGCAGAACGCAGCUGGACGCGGUGAUCCCCAAAAUCACAGAUUGGAAUAAAGUGGUCAUCGCCUACGAACCCGUAUGGGCUAUCGGCACAGGCAAAGUCGCUACACCUGAACAGGCACAGGAGGUUCACCAGGAACUCCGCAAGUUUAUCUCUGAGCGCGUGGGGAAAGAGGUUGCAGCCUCGUUGCGUAUUGUGUACGGGGGCUCCGUGAGUGACUCGAAUUGCGUUUCUUUGAUUAAGUGCGAAGAUGUUGACGGUUUCCUUGUGGGCGGUGCAUCUCUGAAGAAAGCCUUUGUAGACAUCAUCGACGCCCCCAAGAAAGCAUGA